AUGGCGGGGCCGGUGCCCUUCCGGACAAGCCACGACAAGGCAAUGCCCUCCUACCCACCGAUCGUCUACUACCGGGAUACCUAUGGUUUUGAUGGGGUCGGAGAAUUGAAGCAUUCGGAAUCGAUGACAACAUGUAGUGAUGAUAGUAUCACGACGAAAAGUACAGUGCGCGGAUUGAAUGUCAACAUGAUCAACCCGAUGUACGUCAGCAAUGGUUCAAGAAAUACGAAUCUGACACAAAGUUACCACGUGGAGCAAGUCUACACCGAUCACGUCCUAUUCACGCACCCCCGAACGCUAUUAACCCUAACCUUAAUAAUGUUUGCAUCAGCUGUGCAAUUGUUAAUCUUCUCCAUAAUUUGUAUAUUCUACGAUGGAUCUCCUUAUUAUGUAUUGCCAGUCGUGGCUCUAAUUCUACUCGGGAAUACGGCUGUCGUGUUUCUAUUACAAAAGUAUUGGCCAACGAAGGGGAUGCUGUACGCUUCAUGCCUAACCACGUCCAUGUCAUUUAUCGAGAGCGUUGCCUUGUUCUUCUACUGCGCCUAUCUGAUAAACCUCGAAGACAGAUCCCUGGAUAAAAUUGGGGUUCGCCCGAAUCGGAUCGUCGCUUCCACCCAGAUCGCCAUGUACAGUCUGCACAUGAUUUUUGGGCCAAUACAUGCCGUCGCCUCACUCGUAUGCGCUAUUCUACUCAUCCAAAACUUGAAAGAGAUGGGCGAAAAUCGGGUAACGAAGGCGUACUUUUUGACGGAACCGCAAAUGGGCCAUCAGAAAAUCCUCGUCCCGAUUGAGCUGCGUCAUGUUCGAGACGUUGAUGAGGAUUCGCUAGAUGCAGCCUCGAUUGGAGUGCAAACCAGCGGCACACGAACUGUUGUCGUU